GGAAGGGAGAAAGCUAGAGAGCGGUGUAGAGGCGCAGGCGCAAUGGGAGCCGCUAGCAACUAACGGAAACUUCGGAAGACAGAAUGAGGUUGAAAGCGCAGGCGCACUAGAGGCACCGUUCCGCUCAGCACGCAGGCGUGGCGCGAGUAGCCGGCAGUUGGCGGAGGGCUAUCAAGGGGGCGGGGUCCGGGUGCUAAGGGCUGCGGUCCGAGCCGGCGGAAAGAUGGACGAGUUCCAGUCGGGAGAGGAGACUUCUUUUGUUGUUGAUGAAGUGAGUAACAUCAUUAAAGAGGCCGUAGAAGGUGCGAUAGGUGGCAAUGCCUAUCAACACAGCAAAGUGAACCAAUGGACUACAAGUGUGGUAGAACAAACUUUAAGUCAACUAACAAAGCUGGGGAAACCUUUCAAGUAUAUUGUGACCUGUGUGAUUAUGCAAAAAAAUGGUGCUGGACUUCACACAGCAAGCUCUUGUUUCUGGGACAACACUAGUGAUGGAAAUUGCACUGUGAGAUGGGAGAAUAAGACUAUGUAUUGUAUUGUCAGUGCCUUUGGACUUGCAAUAUAAUUGCCUUGGAACUACUAAGCUGUCUACUGAUUUUUAUUCUUCAGCACUUCCAUUUCAUAAUCUAUUCAAAUUGAAUACACUUGUUUUUAAUGUACAUUUGUCACUUCCAAUGUAGAAAUGUGAAAACACUAAUUAUAUGCUGUUACGAGGAUUAUACAUGCAAUCUUUCACACCAGUAUUGCCAGACUGUCUUAAUAUUUCAAGGACUUCAAGGUGCUAAUAAAACCUCUCCCCUGAAACCUGCUGCAAUGUAAAGGUUUCUUUAGCUUUACUCUCUGAAACUAAUUUAAAUAAAUUUUCACACUUUGUACUUUGGGUUAGCAUUAAAUUAUUGAAGUUCAUAA